GCUGCCUCUACGGCCAAAUCGCCAAAUCACUCUGUGUUCGACCGCGAAACUGCGCGCGCGCCUCAAUCCCUUAAAAUAAUACGACCUUAUCGCUAGUGCUUUUACAAGAUUGAUAAGAUUGUUACAUCAUUGUGUGAUAAGAAACAUUCAAGUCCGAUACGGCUCGCGGGCGGACAGUACAUGGAAAUGCUUAGGCUGAUGUGUAAUUAAGUUUGAAGACAACAUACUACAUUGUUGGUAGCACCAGCGUUAUUGUGCUAGAAAUUGUCGAAUGUCGCGGCACUAUGGGGACGACGAAAAGGCUGAAGAUUACUGUCGUGGGCGACGGUAUGGUCGGCAAAACCUGCUUGCUGUAUGUAUAUACAAAAAAUGAGUUCCCAGAAGAAUAUGUGCCUACAGUGUUUGACAACUACGUGGACCGCAAAGUGGUGGACGGCGAGGAGGUGGAAAUGGCGCUGUGGGACACGGCUGGCCAGGAGGACUACGAGAGGCUGAGGCCUUUGUCUUACAGCAACACGCAUUGUUUCCUGGUGUGCUACUCCGUGAGCAGCCGCUCGUCCUACGAGAACGUGAUCCACAAGUGGUAUCCGGAGCUCAAGCACUUCAGCGAGUCCGUGCCUAUAGUUUUAGUAGCUACCAAAAUCGAUCUUCGAGGCACAGAAAAGGCUGUCAUUACUACUCAAGAAGGGAAAAAAUUAAAGAAGAAAAUUAGGGCUGCCCAACUAGUGGAGUGUUCGGCACUGGAGCGCGUCAACAUGGAUCUCGUGUUCGAGGAGGCGGUGCGCGCGGCGCUGCGCAAGAAGCCCGUGCGCGCGCGAGCCUGUAACUACCUCUGACCGCCCGCCAGCCCUGAAGCCCAGCAUUCACAUGUAAUCCAGUACCUAGGAUCAGUCGCUGGCGACUAAUCCGGAUUAUCUCUGAGCGACAAAUUCCUCACUCACCGAAAUUGUAACAUCAAAACACGAGUCAAGAGACAAUAGCAACUCAUGCAUAAAUGCGCGCGUGGGAUCAAUCGCCCAAUUUUUCAGUAUUACAAAGGCUCAAUUUUACACUACAUAUAUACACUUUUAUGGCAAUUAUAAUAUUUGUACGUCCAGGGCUCGAC